UCCUGAACUGAUGAUUUCUACCGGUCUCAGUUUAGUCUUGUCCUGUUCCUGCGGUAGGCGAAAUCAUGUUUUCAGCCUCCGGAAUUUGUUAAAAACACGGACGAAGGAACACAGUGUGUUUUUGGCAUGUGACACAUUCUGAAGAGUCCAUGUCCUACAAAAGGACUUCUUCCUGCUGUAUUCUCGGAGGCAACUUGUUGGCGAAAGUGAGAAACUUCGGCCCCGGUUUCCUCUGAACUGAAUCUACCUGACGAGGACUCUGUGGCUUCCCUAAUCCUUGCAUCAUGGGAGAUGGGGAGGGUUUCCCCAUGUAUGAUGUUGGCUCCAACAAGGCGGGCAGCACCAGAGCUCAGCUCUCGGCCCAAGUGACGGGCCCCAAUGGCCAUUCCAGAAAUGCUCAGAGUCCGGAGACGAGCAGGGAGCCUGCUGACAUGCGGUACUCUCCUGUUUCACUGGAACAGGACCCUGCGGUGAAUAAUGGAUCAGGCAUUCCCUCUAGCCCGCAGACAGACACAAAGGACCCAGCCUUCCAGAUCGACAGCCAGCGCUCAUCAGCCAGUGAGCUCCGCAGGAACUACUCUCCCAAGCACUUCCACCAUCCUUACCUGACCAAAACUAGCAUGCAGGGGGAUGUCUACAACUUCCUUGAGCGACCGAGUGGACUGAAAUGCUUCCUGUAUCAUUUUACAGUGUUUUUAAUGGUGCUAGUCUGUCUCAUCUUCAGUGUCCUGUCAACGAUAGAACAGUAUGCUGAAUUUGCCAGUGGCACACUCUUUUGGAUGGAAAUAGUUCUGGUGGUGUUUUUUGGUUCAGAAUAUGUGGUUCGUCUGUGGUCAGCAGGAUGCCGAAGUAAAUAUGUUGGCAUCAAAGGCAGACUUCGCUUUGCCAGAAAGCCAAUUUCUAUUAUUGAUUUGAUUGUGGUUAUCGCUUCAGUUAUUGUGCUGAGUGUGGGCUCCAAUGGCCAGGUUUUUGCAACUUCUGCCAUAAGGGGUAUUCGCUUUCUGCAAAUUCUUCGCAUGCUGCAUGUGGAUCGUCAGGGGGGCACCUGGAGGCUUCUGGGAUCUGUUGUUUUUAUUCAUCGGCAGGAACUGAUAACUACCCUCUACAUAGGUUUCCUGGGACUUAUUUUCUCAUCCUACUUUGUGUAUUUGGCGGAAAAGGAUGCUGUGGAUGAGGAGGGCAAAACAGGUUUUGCGAGCUAUGCUGAUGCCUUGUGGUGGGGAGUGGUCACAGUGACUACAAUUGGAUAUGGAGACAAAGUGCCACAGACAUGGAUUGGAAAGACGAUAGCCUCUUGUUUCAGUGUAUUCGCAAUCUCCUUCUUCGCGCUCCCUGCAGGUAUUCUGGGCUCCGGAUUUGCCCUCAAAGUUCAACAGAAGCAACGCCAGAAGCAUUUCAACCGACAGAUUCCCGCUGCUGCUUCACUAAUCCAGACACUCUGGCGGUGUUAUGCUGCAGAGAAGCCCGGCGGCUGCCCAGCGACUUGGAAGAUCUAUGUGAUGCCUUGUGAAUAUCUGCCCACUAUCACCCCUGAACCCUCCAGCCCCAACCUCAGGAAACUGAGCAAACGGUACAAACGAAAACUGAAGACCUCACGUGACAAUGGAUCAACUAGUCUGAUGAACCCUGGGGAAAAUGCCUUAUCUAUUCCCCAGAUCACCUAUGAUCACAUUGAGGAGAAGGAUGGCAAGAGGGAGAUUGCAUUCUAUCUUGAUGAGCCAGCAGGCCAACAGCUCUCCUGGUCUUCCUUAAGCCUUUACUCUGCAAGCUGUCCCUCCUCCCCAGUCAAGAAACAACUUGAGGGUCCGCCUAUUGAUAUCUCCCGGACAAACAGCUUUGUAGACGAGAUGGACUUUGUUGGUGAAGACAUCCCACUGCCUGUUGUGACUGAUGCUUCCCAUCUGUUGACAAGUCCGUUCAUGGCAAAGAUCCAGGAUUCACUCUCCACACAGCAGUUGAAUUCGACAAGACUGACAGAGGCACACCGGGCAGCAGUCAAAGUCAUCCGAAGAAUGCAGUACUUUGUGGCCAGGCGGAAAUUUCAGCAAGCAAGAAAACCGUAUGACGUACGAGAUGUGAUUGAACAAUACUCUCAGGGACACCUCAACAUGAUGGUACGGAUUAAAGAACUGCAAAGAAGAUUGGACCACUCCUUGGGAAAACCAGGAAUGUUUCUGUCAGAAAAGGGCCUGGACAAAGGAUAUUACACGGUUGGAGCCAGACUGAUUCGUUUGGAGGAUAAGGUCACACAGAUGGACCAGAAGGUAGAGGACAUCCUGAAGAUCUUGAUGGAGCAGUUCAAGCCACAGCCAGAGCUACUACAGAAGCCCAGUACUCCAGUCAGCUCCAGGUUGUCAGUUAUGAAGCGUAUGGGAUGCACUUUUGAUGAUGGCCAGUGAUCACACUGGGCCUCCCUCCUCAACGGCUGCUGUUUAAUCCUCCAGGUGACACCUACUGAAGGAAGAAAGCCUCCAGUUCCUCCAAAGUAUGUUUCACUAUGAGCGCAAAGAACUCUGCCUCGUCAACAGCAAUUGUGAAAUCGCAACACUCUUAAAAUGAAACUAGGCUGUUUCUAAUUAAAGAGAAUUCCAAGAGCAACACUUGCACAUCGACCAAAGAACACCUCAAUAAGACGAUUUGCAUUUUUGUUUUUCUUUCUUUUUCUUUCUGUCUUUCUGAGGAAUGGACAAAUAAAAAAAUCUCUAACUGGAUUGAAAGUGUUUUUUUUUCUAUCAUAGGGCAUUGUAUUAAACUUUCUCAGAGUCUCUUGAAUGUGGUUAACAGAUGUUUAGCUUAUGCCCCAUGUGGAAGAGGCAUAUUUUAAACAUUUCAUUCUGAAAUGUAUAGUUGAAAAAAAAACGUGUUUUUUAAAUUAUUUCUGAAAGCCAUUUAUUACAAAUUUGUGAAGGUAUGGGAACUUCUCUGGAGGGUGUUCAAAAUAUUUUGCUCGAGACCAAGAAAAAAGUUGUUGUUAAAGAUUAAAGAUGCAAAUUUAGUAGUAAUGUAGUGCUGAAACGGUCAUUUUUUAUCAUUUACAAAAAAGAUAUAUAACCCUGUGUUCCUAUGAAACCUUGGUAUAAGUUUGAUUUAAUAAAGGAAUAGGCCAUUUUUUUGCCAGUGAUUUUGUCAAUGAAGAGAGUUUUUUUCACAAAACAGUUUGUAAAAUCAUGAUCUCAUUGUUUCCAAGGUAAUUAUGUCCUGGGGGUUGAUUUCAAUAAUAUUAGUCAUUAAAAACAGUUUUAACUAAAUUGUUAAGCUCAUACUGAGCCAGAAAGGUAUCCAAUUGAAGAACUAAUAAGGAAGUUGAAUGUUAAAAUUCACAGCUCCGAAAUAUUUCAGACUUUAGACUCUGCUGAAAACUUUGGCACUGUUGAAAAAAACAGCAAUUCUUUUUAUGGUUAUUUGAAGCUGUCACUAUCGUUAUCACAGUGCUCAUAUGGCAGAAAUGUAACAAAAUGCCAUCCUUAAAACUCAAUAUAGUAAUGAAAAUGAGUCGUAGGACAUUAUGCUGUUGAUUUAUGGCUCAGCUUGAACUAAUAAAAAUAGCAAACCAGCCAUGUCAGAGACUGAUAAAGCAUUCCAGGUAAAUAAAGAGGAACAGUGAGAGUUAUGGUUAAUGGGUUUAUUGCUAUUAUUUUCAGUAGAACAUUCUGAUGAAUAAAUACAAAGCGACUAAAUGAACUUUGCCCCCAAAAACAGACCUGUCACAAAUGGUAGAGGUUUACACAAAAAACGUCACUAAACCUUGGUGUGUCUGAGCCCGCACCUUUAUGUGCUUGGUGUAAGGUUCCAGUUCGAUAAUUUUAUUUAUCAACAGUGCUCAAGAUCAUGGAGCAGGAAUCUGUGUAGAAAAGUACAUGAAGAUCAAGGAAACAACACAGUUCCUCUGAGUUCAUCUGUACCAGUGAAGUACCAGUGAGUCCAUCAGUGCUGUUCCCAUUGAGCUUGGCCAUAACAAAGCAAAAUGCUUUGACCAUUACGACUAUUUAUGUCAUUAUGUUAUUAUUUAUGUUAAAUCAAAAAUGAAUCUGGUCAUAAUUAAUUACCAAAGCUUAAAAGAGUUCAGUUGUCCUACAUUGUCUGCUCAGAAUUCUAAAGCCCAAGACUUUGUAAAGUCCUAAGACCCAAGAAUUUUAAAGGCCAAAUAAUACAAUUACUGUAGUAUGGUAUUCUAUAUUUUGUGUUGAUUGCCAUGAAUAAAACAAAUAAAAUGUAAAAUACUGCAAUGAGAUUAAAUGUUGGAAAAGAAAAAGUGAAGAACAAGUCCAAGAUUCAAUCUGUCUAUUUGUCCAUUCAUUUUCCCAUUCAGUGCUUCGGUCAAAUACACAAGUAAUCUGUUCAUAGAAUAAUGAAACUCUAAAAAUGGAAUAAAGAAACCUGUUUUACAAGUAUCAAUGCAUUACUUACUGUAAUUGUUGGCCAGUAAGCAUUCCUGAAAUCUGAGAGAAGCAUUUCACUGAUAUGUGAAAACAUCUCUCACAAAAGCACAUAAACACUUGUCACUAGUAGUCCAUUAGGCAUGUGUGAAAUGUCUGAUGUGUGAUGCAAGAAAAUAUGUCUCUUAUUUUUUAUUACAUUCUUAAAAUGUAUUUUAAUUCUGAGGGUGAAGAAGUGAAGCUCUCUGGAUAUGUAGAAAUAAAUUAUUAGAUGACUAAUAAGCAUGCAAAUGUUGUUAGAAAUGGGUAAGAAAUUAAAUAUGUCCACUUGGUCAUUUGUACAGUUUUUUAAGUGAUGUAAAUAAUGUUGCCUUAUAUAAAUGGUUGAAAGGUAUCUCACAA